CUGUGCAGUACGCAUAGAUCGUUUGGCGGUAUUCCAGCUAAUGUAGCAGCCCGCGAGCUUUGUCUGGACCGAAACUGUUACUGCAUCAUUCAGCCUGUUUUGAUCUCGAAAUGGAGAUGGCGACCGGCAGCUGAUACUAGGCGUCCCGAAGAGUGGAAACUGCAAAGGGCUUCUCCAGGCCUCAGGCCAAAAGAAAACUCGGGAACAUGGCCUCGCCCCCGCAGUGGCGUUGCGGGGGCGGGCAUCGUCAACGGUCUAGCCUGGCCUCCUCCUGCUUGGGAGAAGUUUGUACCCAAGGGUGUUUGCUACGGAUGUGGAGGUGACUGGCAGUUCAGAGGUGGUCUUAAAGUGGACGUUGAUAGUUCGGAAUAUACGGGUUACAAAUAUUUCUACAACAGACCCGGAUAUAGGGUCAAAGCUAGGUCCUGCGAAGAUGCAAGAUUCAUACACAUCAACUUUAUCCUCCUGGCUGAGGUCACGCAUUUUGAAAAGGACCUGCAGUCAGAGAUCGAAACACACCGCGAUGUAUACGCAUCGCUCACGGGUACCGGGCGGCGGCUGCUGGGGUCGCUGUCCUCGCAGGAGGACGCUGUCAUGCUGCAGCGCCGCCUCGAUGAGAUGAACCAGCGAUGGCACCAUCUCAAGGCCAAAAGUAUGGCCAUCAGAAACCGUUUGGAGAGCAACGCUGAGCACUGGUCCGCGCUGCUGCUAUCAUUACGUGAGCUCACUGAGUGGGUGAUCAGAAAGGAGACUGAACUGAACGCACUAGCUCCACCACGCGGCGAUCUAGCCGCACUAGUGAAACAACAGGAUGACCACCGCGCGUUCAGAAGACAGCUGGAGGACAAGCGGCCGGUAGUUGAGAGCAACCUCCUCAGCGGGCGCCAGUAUAUUGCCAAUGAGCCACCGCUGUCUGACACCAGUGACACAGAAGCGAGCCGAGAAAAUGAAGGAGACUCGCGAGGCUACCGGUCCGCAGAGGAGCAGGCUCGGGAGCUGGCGCGCUCCAUCAGACGCGAGGUGGCCAAGCUGGCUGACAAGUGGAACACCCUGGUGGACCGCAGUGACGCCUGGGGACGAUGUCUCGAUGACGCUGUACAGCGUGUUCGUACGUUCACGACUUCACUGGAGGAGUUGGCAGCGCGCGUCCAGGCGGCAGAAGCGGCACGAGCCUCGUGGCGCGCUCCGGGAGAUGCCAGAGAUGCGCGUGCUCAGUUGGAUGCUGUUUCCAGAGCACGUGCCCAACUGCCGCCACUGCGGCGCCUCGCUGACGAGCUUCGCGCCCAAGCUCAGCAACUGGCGAGGGAUAACGUCCAGUUACCGGACCAUUUGAGGGCGCGACUAGAUGACCUUAAUUCUAGAGUGACAGCACUAAACGCUGGUGGAGAAGAACGCGCUCGGCAGCUGGCGGGCGUGGCGCGCGACGGGGGCGCCGGCGCCGCGCAGGGCUUCCUCGCCGGCUCCGUGCGCCCGCCCUGGGAGCGAGCCGUCACGCCGGCCAAUGUUCCUUACUAUAUUAAUCACGAACUGGAGACCACACACUGGGAUCACCCGAAGAUGAUCGAACUGAUGAACUCGCUCGCCGACCUCAACGAAGUACGAUUCUCGGCUUACAGGACAGCACUGAAGUUGAGGACUGUGCAAAAAGCUCUUUGCAUGCACAUGCUCCAGUUGCCGGCGGCGCUAGAGGCUUUCGACUCGCAUGGGCUUCGCGCACAAAACGACAGACUCAUAGACAUACCCGACAUGAUCACCGUCCUCACGUCUUUAUAUGAGGUGAUUGCAGCAGAGAAUCCGAGCUUAGUGAACGUGCCACUUUGCCUGGACCUGUCCAUCAACUGGUUGCUGAACGUGUACGACAGUCAGCGCACGGGACAAAUCCGAGUGCUCAGCUUCAAGGUCGGCCUCGUGCUACUCUGCAAGGGACAUUUGGAGGAGAAGUAUAGAUACCUGUUCCGACUUAUCGCAGACCCGUCGUGUCGAGUCGAUCAGAGGAAGCUGGGAUUGCUUCUUCACGACUGCAUACAAGUUCCUAGGCAGCUUGGAGAGGUGGCUGCUUUCGGAGGGUCCAAUAUCGAACCCUCGGUUAGAAGCUGCUUCGAGCAAGCUUCUGCUACCACCAAAGAAGGAAGCAAAGGGGGCACUCUCGACAGAAAAGGAGCGACAGAGAAGGACAAGGACAAAGAGAAGGAAAAAGAAGAGACCUCGGAGAAGACAGAACGCGAUGCGGAGGGCCAAGUGCAGCAGAUCGAGGCGUUCCACUUCCUGCAGUGGCUGCAGAAAGAGCCGCAGUCCAUGGUGUGGCUGCCCGUGCUGCAUCGCUUGGCUGCCGCGGAAAGUGCAAAACACCAGGCCAAGUGCAACAUCUGCAAGGACUACCCCAUCGUUGGAUUCAGGUAUCGUUGUCUCAAGUGCUUCAACUUUGACAUGUGUCAGAAAUGCUUCUUCAGCGGACGAAAAGCCAAGAACCACAAGCUCACACAUCCUAUGCAGGAGUACUGCACUGCUACUACUUCCGGCGAAGAUGUUAGAGAUUUCACCCGAGCUCUCCGUAACAAGUUCAAGUCGGCAAGAUAUUUCAAGAAGCAUCCACGAGUUGGAUAUUUGCCUGUCCAGACAGUUCUAGAAGGUGACGCUCUAGAGUCCCCGGCACCGUCCCCGCAGCACGCGUGUGGCGCGGGCGCGGGAGCGGGCGACGACAUGCACUCGCGCCUCGAGCUGUACGCCUCGCGCCUGGCGCAGGUCGAGCUGGGCGCGCGCCCGCCCGACACGCCCGACAGUGACGAGGAGCACCAGCUGAUCGCCCAGUACUGCGCGUCGCUGAACGGCGGCGGCGACGCAGACGAGGCGCCGCGCUCGCCCGUGCAGGUCGUGUCCAUCAUCCACCGCGAGCAGCGCCACGAGCUCGAGGCCAUGAUCCGCGAACUGGAGGAAGAGAACGCCAGCCUACAAGCGGAGUACGAGCGGCUAAAGGCCAAGCAGACGCCCGGCUCUACUCCCGAGGAUCAGCACACCCUCGCCGAUAACAGGAACGCGCCUGUCGACCAGGAGAUGAUGGCGGAGGCGCGGCUGCUGCGGCAGCACAAGGGGCGGCUGGAGGCGCGCAUGCACAUCCUGGAGGAGCACAACCGCCAGCUCGAGGCGCAGCUGCAGCGCCUGCGCACGCUGCUCGACGAGCCGGGCGCGCAGGGCUCCCCGGCGGGCGCGGGCGGGGCGGGCGGCGCGGCGGGCGGCGCGGGGGCCGGCGCGCGCACGGGCACGCUGCAGACGCGCUCGGUGACGGCCUCGCAGCUGGCCACCGACUCGCCCGCCAAGAUGCACAACGGACUCUACCACGACGCACACACCAAUGGCGGACGUGGAGAGCGGGAAACAUUGGAGCGGCCGCCGCCACCGCCUCACAGCGUUCACUCGCUGAUGCACUGCGCAGAUGACCUUGGGCGCGCCGUUGAAGAAUUAGUGUCAGUUAUGACGGAGGACCAACCAAACCAAACUUCACACGCACCUCCAGAAUACACCAACGGGAAGCUGGCCGAUGAUAAAGAACAAUAA